GCCUACUAAAGCCCACUAGAUACACUUUCGAUCCAGCAGUCUCUGCAUCACAAGAUGGAUGCUUGGAAUUAAUAUCUCUCACAUCUAUAUGGGUUAUAAGAGGGAGCCAGGAGUAGAAGGAAAAGCUUGCCAAAAGCCCUUUCAUCUCACUUAAUCGGAUAUUGUAACAUUUUUCUCUGAACCAGGCAUUGUGUAACAGAUUGUGGCUGACUAUUAAGUGGAUUCCAGGCUUCUUAGGGAAACUAGUUGAAGAACAAUAACAAAGAUAUUGAUAGGAUGCAGAAAGAGGAAGAAUAAGUUUUUACAUCUGGAAUCUAACAAGCAAUAACGUUUUACUCAGCUGAUUUGGCAUUGUUGAUCAUUAUACCCAAUGAAGAAAUGGCUUGGAAAUGGAUAAAGAUUUUUGCUUAUUUCUCAAUGUCUGUCACCUCUGCUGUGGGUGGGGAGGAAGCAUCCCAAUUCAAGUGUGCAGACUUCAACAACACCACUUGGCUGGAAUAUAGACAAGGCACUAAGCUGCAGGUUCAGUACCUUCUCCUGACACGAAAGAAUGCAGACUGUGCCAGCCUCUUCACACAGGACUGUCUCAAUCACACCCAGAAACACACUGCUUACUUCAACUCAUCACUCCCCACUAAAGUUAUUAUUCAUGGAUACAGGGCUCUGGGCAGUAAGCCCUCAUGGGUGAGUGGCUUAGCACAGGCACUACUGCGUGAAGAGGAUGUGAAUGUUUUGGUGGUGGACUGGGUCUAUGGAGCAUCCUUUGCUUAUAACCUGGUCGUAGAGAACUACAAGGAGGUGGCAGUGCAGAUAUCAGUUCUUAUUCAUCAACUUACGAAGUACGGAAGCACUCUGGAGUCUUUCCAUUUCAUUGGUGUGAGUCUUGGAGCACAUGUUUCUGGAUUUGUGGGGACCCUGUUUGAAGGCAAGCUUGGUCGAAUCACAGGUCUGGACCCAGCAGGCCCAAUGUUCAAGAGGGCUGAUCCAUUUGACCGCCUGGAUUCAUCAGAUGCUCUGUUUGUUGAAGCCAUCCACACUGACUCUGACUACUUUGGUAUAUCCAUUCCUGUCGGGCACGUGGACUUCUUUUUAAAUGGUGGAAUGGACCAAGCUGGGUGCGCACGCUCAAGGUUUGCUUCAAUUUUUAUUUACUUUCCAGUGUAUGGUUAUGUCAUUUGUGACCACAUGAGGGCGCUGCAUGUUUACAUGAGCGCCCUGAACAGCUCAUGUCCACUCGUUGGUUUCCCCUGCUCCAAUUAUGAGGAAUUCCUGGCAGGAAAGUGCAUCAGCUGUGAGGGCCCCUUCAAUGGCACAUGCCCACAAAUAGGCUUGUUAAAGAACAGUGGGAUAAAGGUGUCUCCCCUGCCAAAUCGAGAAAAAGUCUACCUCCUGACCACCGCUGCAGCUCCCUAUUGUGCACAUCACAUCCUUGUGGAGUUGAAGGUUUCCCCUUUAGAUAAGACUGCUGAAGUUCAGCUCACCCUGAUCUCUGCGGGACACCCUGAGACAGAGCUAAAACUCAAGCUAUUUACAGAUGAAAUUGGGUAUAAAAAGGUGACUGCACACCCAGAGUGGCUGUGUAAAAUUGAGUCAAUGCAGCUGAGAAACACAGGAGCACGAUUCUACAGACAAGGCGACAUCCACUUCGAGUACAUAUGCAUCUCCGAAUUCCCUCAAAACAGAGCGAUGGAUCCAUUAUGUGUGAAGAACAUUCAUAUUGGAAGGGGAGUACCAUGGUCACAUGACUUUGUCCAGGUGUGCUAAAUAAAGAGAUUUCUAUUACACAACACAAGAUCUCCUUAUGAGAGCUGAUGAAUUUAGUAGGUAACCAGCUUUUAUAGCU